AUUUGCAUAUGAUCAAAGCUUCUGAACGUGAUCGUGCGUAGCUCGACACAGAUUUAGCCCUGGUAGGCCACGUACAAUCGAUAACUUCAUCAAAACAAAAGCAGGUGCAUUAUUUGCUGGUUCGGAAUCUACUCUAAGUGAACUACCACUAGAUUUGAGGUUUUUCAUUGCUAUACAUCUAGCUGUGAGAAAGCCAAAGUAAAGACAAACUUAUCAGAACAUUACACGAAGUUUUAUUUGUAAAGCCAGCAGUUCACACCAAGUUGUAGGCGUCAAAAUGGGCAAGCCAGUGAUGAAGAAUUUGGUGAAGAAGCAAGGCGCAGCUAGCAAGGCGGACUCUGCUGCAGAGAAGAAGAAAGCCGUCGAAAACAAAACCGUCACCCCCAUUGCAGCUGCUUCCGAAGAAACCACCGAAAAGAAGGCCACCUCUGAACAAGCGAAAAACAUCAAAGGGAUGAAGAAGUCCAUGAAAAAUAAGCAGCCGCUGAAGAAAGAGAAAGAACAUCCAGCCGGCGAAAACCAGAAGGUGAAAAUCCAAGCGCCUCCUCCGCUCGCGAAGGUCGAUGCAGCUGUUGCGCAGGAUGAAAAUUCGGAAGAACAAAGCGUUGACGAAGAGGAAAACAACGAUGAGGAUGACGAAUCUGUUUCCGACGAGGAGGAUAAAAUUGCGAUCCAAUCCGCCUUGCAGAAACACCCGAACUCCAAGUCCGACCUGAAGAACCGCGUGCAUAAAACCUCCACUAAAGAAGAGCGAAACGCCCGCGGCGUGCUCUACAUUGGCCACCUACCGAUGGGCUUCUUCGAACCGCAGCUGAAGAUUUUCUUCAGCCAGUUUGGCGAAAUCUGCCGCCUGAAGCUCUCCCGAUCGAAACAAACCGGCCGCCCGAAGGGGUACGCGUUCAUCGAGUUUGAGUUGAAGGAGGUCGCGGAGAUUGUGGCGAGCACCAUGAACAACUAUUUAUUGUACGGACGGAAGUUGGAAGUCGCGUUGGUGGAUGCUGAGAAAAUCAAGAUGAUCGGUAGAGGCUUCUGGAAGAACUGGAAGCAGAACAUCGUGCCGGUGGCCCGGACGAACCAGAAGAAGCAGAAGGAGCAGCACAAGGUCAAAAAGACGGAGGACGGGAAGAAAACCAUUCUGUCCACCCGGCAGCAGCGCCGCGCGAAGACGAAGCUGUGGAAGAUGGAGCAAUUGAAGAACUGCGGGUUGGAAAACACUAUCAAAUGUAAAAAUGUCUGGGUCUGGAAGGAUGCAACUUGUGAUGCUGCGUGUGGAUUCCAAAAAAAUCUGUAUUGCAUGAGUACCAAAGGGAAUGCAAUUGUUGCUACGCUGAGAAGGCAUUUGUCAUGCGGAAUAGGCAUCAAGAAGCCCUCAAAAAAUCUGUAUUGCUAGGGUAUCGUUCACAGACAUGAUGGCUCAUGCAAAACGUGCAUGACAAGUGUCAGAAUCUUCCAGACCCAGACAUUUUUACAGUUGAUAAACACUAACGAAGCGACUUUGAAGAAAAACGUCGAGGUUUUAUCCAAGGCGAGCGUCGUCGCGCAAAAGGUCUCGGAAUUGAACCCGAAGGGGGAGUUUGAGCCGAAGAAGGAGGAAAAAAUCGAGGUGGUGCCGCAAGAAAAAGCCGUGGAAAAAGAUGUUGAAAAGACGAUGAAAACAACCACUGCAUCCUCCGAGGAUAAAAACAAAGCGACUGGUGGUUCGGGAGCAAAAAAGGUCGUUGGGUCGAAGAAGAAGGUGAUGAAAAAGAAGUCGGCUUAGGUUUUGUGCUGCAUGUACUCAUAGAACCUGGACGAGACUAAAGCUAAACACGCUCAUGAUUUUCGCAUCCAAUUCAUCAGAAGAUCAUGAAUUUGGAUCUUCUGACGAGGAAUCAUCUCUGCCUGCAAUUAUGAUCGAAGAAAACGCUGUAGUUGUUGCACUAGCAGCUUCCAAGAAUAAAGAUGUCGCGGAAAGAACAAGAACCUUCUGCACCAUCUAUCACGGUCGUUGUAUUCUUUGCGCACGCUAUGAGGAAAAACGUAUAAAAAUACAAAAA